AUGGAAAGGUGUAGCAAUGAUGAAGAAAAUGCAGCUUAUCAAGUUUACCUAUCACAGAGUCACCGAAGAAAAAACGAUGUUUCAAGAGACGAAGUUAUUCAGAUUCUUCAAGCUAUUGCAUCCUCCGGGAGGUUCUGGCAUGACUGGGAUAAUCUCAAGAGUAUGCUAUCAUUUCAGCUGAAGCAGGUAUUGUCCGAGUACCCUGAGGCAAAAAUGACAAGUGAGCAGCAAUAUGCUUCGCUAAGAGAAUCCUACUAUGAUUUGGUCAACAAAUUGAAUGAUGCACUUACAUGUUUUAUUGAUGGCCCGCCAUUUACAUUGCAAAGGGUUUGUGAGAUUCUGUUGGACGCAAAAAACAUUUAUCCAAAUCUUUCCAAGCUUGCUUUAGCUCUUGAAAAGAAUUUGUUAGUUACAUCUACAUUGACAAUCUGCACUGAUCCAUAUCCACAAGAAUUAGUACAAGAGACUGAUGCCAUAGAGAAGCCAAGGGAAAAACAGCAGGAGCAGCUCAUCUGA